ACAAAUUCAUUCCCCAAAACCAGAACCAGCUAGGGUUCCUCGCCCUCGCCGCCGCCUCCCCUCACCUGACCAUGGCCGGCGCUGGCGAUCCACACCGUCCUCCGCCUCCUCGUGGUACCGUUGGGUGGAGCUACCGGGACAUGGAAGAGCAGACGGAGAGCCAUGAGGAAUACAUUUCCCGCCUCCUAGGGGAGAGAACCAGUGAGCCACAAGGGGAUCCCUCCGGUGAGCCCUCCUGUGAGCCAAAUCCCCUCUGGUUGCACAACGGGGACAUGCAAAUCAGGGAUGAAAGGCAAGCCCUGGAAGCAGCACGCAGGGCCCAGAACCAGAAAAGAGCCAAGGCCGAGAGGAAAGCCAAGAAGAAGCGCCGCCGGGCAGCCCUCGCCCUGCAGCUAGAGCAGGGGACCAGUCAGCCACAGCAGCAUCCCUCCGGUGAGUCACAGCCACCGCAGGAUCCCAGUCUUCAUCGCCCACAACUCAUUCAGUCACCAGAACCCGCAAGAGCUCGUGUUCGCCAGAGUGUUCUCUACGCAGACCGCCCCAGGCGAUCCAGGAGACCUUCUCAAGACAAGCUACAGGUUGAGGAGCAUGCCGGCAUGGUGAGCAGUAGGGAGUUUGAAGCACUGACAUUGGGUCAGUCACCUCCAACACAUGACUCAGCUCACAGGAUAAUGGAAUGUGCUUAUGAUACUGCGAACAGCGACACUGCCCCAGAAAUUAUCAUGACUGGUUCAGAAAGUAUUGAGGUGGUGGACAAGCUCAAAGAUGAAUCAGAUGAUUUGGAGGAGCUGCGGCGUUCAGCCAAGGAGUACAGAGCGGAGUAUGACUCUCUCAGCAGGAAGGAAUGGAGAGCUAAGUUAUCAGCUGCUCAUGCCGCCAAUCUAGCUGCUAUAUUGGAAAGGGAUGCAGCUAGGCGGCGUCUUCCCGAUGCUCUCAAGUGGGCGAAAUGGGAAUCACCCCCUGUCCCAAUGCAGAAGCCUUGGACCAGUCCAGGAAGUCAACUUCUUUGUAUGUUAGGAUUAUCUUCUGAAAAUGAUGAAAGCAGUGUGGUGGCACAUCCACGGGAUGAACAUCUGUCUCGGCAGCAUCCUCCUGGUUCGCAACCAGGGUCCAAUGAUUCCGAUGAGGAUUACGAAGAACUUAGUGAUCAACAGAUCAUCGAGAAUGGAAGGAAAUGGAUGUCUGAGGAGGUGAUGGUUGCUUUCAAAAAAUACACCGAAAGUUGUGCUGACCAGACGGGGCUCGACUACCAGUUCGGCGAACUCCUGCACCAGUGCUUAAACGUGGAGGAUUAUUACAAAACUUAUCACCACUUCAACUUCACAAUGAAGAUGAAGGAUCCUACUUCAUGUGUCUGGAGAGUGGAGCUCUACUUUGCGGAAAUAAGGCGGAUGUUUCGGAUGAAACAUUAUUUCUGCUGUCCUCUGGAACCACUUGAAGAUGGUCAUUGUUAUGGUUGCAAGAACCAAGGAGUGAAUGAUCUGAAGCACCCGGCUACAGGUGGUUUCGACCAGGGAUGCGCUACUUCUACGUUUCCUUACAUGUAGGAUUAUAACCUACUGUAUAUCAUCAUGCUGUCCUUUGGAAUCAAGUGUCAACAAAUCAUGUAUGAACUGUUUAGUCGUGUAGUACAAUCUAAGGUCCCCUGACAGCGCUCCUAGGCUGCUGUGUAUUCUGACUUAAUUCUAUGGCUUGCUUCAAGGUGCUAGUAAAAGGGGGUUAUGUGAUCA